AUGGCUCGCGGCGAGGAUGUACAGAUAAACAGGGCGAGGCGUGCAUACAUGAAUGCCAGAGAGGAAGGGAACCAUCAGGAAGAGGCGAGGUGGGCAAAUGUAAUGGGAGAUAUUCUGAAAAAUAGAGGAGAAUAUGUGGAGGCACUCAGGUGGUUUCGAAUUGACUACGAUGUUUCGAACAAGUAUUUGCCUGAAAAACAGUUGCUCCCCACUUGUCAGUCUCUCGGUGAGGUUUAUCUUAGGUUGCAACACUACAAGGACGCCUUGAUUUAUCAGAAAAAACAUUUGGUACUUGCCAAGGAUGCCAAUGAUCUUGUUGAGCAGCAAAGAGCCGGCACACAACUUGGGCGUACCUACCAUGAAAUGUUUCUGAAAUCUGAUGAUGACCAUUACUCGAUUCGGAAUGCGAAAAAGUAUUUCAAGUCUGCCAUGAAGCUUGCUCAGACUCUAAAGGAAAACCCCCCUAAUAAUAAGUCUUCUUUUCUCAAAGAGUAUAUUGAUGCCCAUAAUAAUAUAGGAAUGCUUGAAUUCGACCUUGAUAACUUGGAUGAAGCAUUGAAAUUUCUCACUAAAGGUUUGGAGAUAUGUGAUGAAGAGGAAGUCAUUGAGGAUGAUGAUGCACGUAGUAGGCUUCAUCACAAUCUAGGAAAUGUUUAUAUGGAGCUGAGGAGGUGGGACAAAGCACAUGAACAUAUUGAAAACGACAUAAUGAUUUGUAAGAGAAUUGAGCACCUCCAAGGAGAGGCAAAAGGGUACAUAAAUCUUGGUGAGUUGCAUUAUAGGGUUCAAAGGUAUGAUGACGCAAUGCUUUGCUACCAGAAGGCAUUUGAUUUGGCAAAAUCCAUGGAAGAUGAGGAUGCUUUAGCAGCUCAAAUUAAUCAAAAUAUUAAGACUGUAAAGGAAGCUGUAAAUGUAAUAAAUGAAAAAAAAGAAGAGCAAAAUCUCAAGAAGUUGCAAAGAAACAUGGUUGUUGCAAAAGAAACACCACAUGAGCGUAAGUUUCUUCUCCAGCAGCAUUCAAGUCUUAAUCGUCUGAUUGAGAAAUCAGCCAUGAUCUUUGCAUGGCUGAAGCAUCGUGAAUUUGCAAAAAGGAAGAAGCGUAUAGCAAGUGAACUAUGUGACAAAGAAAAGCUAAGUGAUGCAUUUUUAGUUGUUGGAGAAUCAUAUCAGAAGCUCAGGGACUUCAGCAAAGCCAUUAAAUGGUACAAAAAAAGUUGGGAAGGAUACAAGGCAAUAAAAAAUUUGGAGGGUCAAGCACUGGCAAAAAUUAAUAUGGGCGAUGUUUGGGACUGCAAUGGUGACUGGACUGGAGCACUGGAGGCAUUUGAAGAGGGCUACAGGAUUGCUGCUGAAGCUAACUCUUCCAUUCAGCUUUCUGCACUCGAGAAUAUGCACUAUAGCCACAUGAUAAGAUUUGACAAUGUUGAAGAGGCUAGGAGGUUGCAACUUGAAAUUGACAAAUUAAAGCAGUCAAAAGUUGAGGAGCUUGAUGCAAAACACAUCGCUACAGAUUGCUGCUCUGAAACAGACACAGAAGGGGAUGAACAUUUCUCAGAUGACAUGCCUAAUACAUACUUGAAGGCUUUGUGUAGUUCCAGUUCUGACAGAUCAGCGCCUUUAGCAGCUAAUGGAGUGUCAAAUGAUGAUUUACCUCUAAUUUCACUUAUUGAACCCCGAAAAAGAUCACGCAAAAGUAAAACAGCUCACACAGUAAAUAAAAAUAUUUCUAUGGAAUUGGAUGACAGUUUUCCGGAAGGUUUGUCUAAACCAACAAGUAAUCAGCAAACAGUUGUUGGACAUAAACGUGUCCGUCUAGUCCUUUCAGAUGAUGAAGGUGAUUUACCUGAUGAUGCAAGAAGAUUGCAUAAAUGCUCAGUUGAAGUUGCUGCUUCAGAUGAAUUUACAAGGAAAAGUAUUUCGGCAAGUUCUGAAAAUAAAUUACAGGAUACCUCUCCAGUUGCCCCCAGAAGUCCCAACAGGUCCUGUAAUCUCGUCAAUAUUGAAGAAAGCACCGGUUCAUACAAAUCCCCAAGAAAUGUUUCAAAUAGAAAAGUUAUCAGAUCUCUGAGCGAUGCUGAAGUUGUUAUUGGUUCCGGUUAUGCUGAUGGCACUUUGAAAUGUGACAUCAGUGCUUCUGAAAACUUAUUGCAUGGACAUGAUUCUCCUUAUCUCAAAUUGCAUGCUACUGAUAAUGAGGUUGACGGAUGCAUAGCGUUCAAAAUAGAUGACAACACAAUAAAUGUGUCAGUGAGCUCGUUUGUGGAUUGGGACAAGAUAUGCAUUGAGUCUUUGAAGGUUGAACUAGCUUGUCUAUACUAUUUGCAGCUUCCUGCAGAGAAGAGUUCAAAAGGUCUGUUCCCUAUCAUUCAAAACAUGGAAUGUGGCGGAAGACCUUUAGAAUCCUUUGAAAACUUCGAUUCUCUUACGAAUCAUCUGAGGAAGGUUCCGGUUGAUGUGCUGACCAGUGGGUGGGUCCAAAAGCACUUGAUGAAGCUGUAUAUUAACAGCUGCAAAAAAUUACACGAGACACCGAGUAUGAAGUUGCUUAGAAAAUUGUAUGUUUCUGAGAUAGAGGAUGAAAUCAACGUGUCUGAUUGUGGACUGCUAGAUAUAUCAGUAAUUCCAUUGUUGAAUGCCUUGCAUACACACAGGGUUGCAAUGCUAGAUCUUUCUCACAACGCGUUAGGAAAUGGAACAAUGGAGAAACUCCGGCAGUUUUUUUCAUCAUCGAACCAAACAUAUGGUGAUUUGACUUUAGACUUGCAUUGCAAUAGAUUUGGUUCAACUGCUUUAUUCCAGAUUUGUGAGUGCCCUGUGCUGUUCACGCGACUUGAAGUGCUUAAUAUCUCUGGUAAUCGUCUCACUGAUGCAUGUGGAUCAUAUCUUUCAACCAUCAUAGAAAAGUGCAGAGCCCUGUAUAGCUUGAAUGUAGAGAGGUGCUCCAUUACUUCUAGAACAGUUCAAAAGGUUGCUGAUGCACUGGAUACUGAUUCUUUACUAUCACAACUUUUUAUUGGGCAUAACAAUCCUGUAUCUGGGAAUGCCAUAAGUUCUUUAGUGGGCAAACUUGCUACUUUGAAGAGGUUUUCAGAACUUAGUCUAAACGGCUUAAAACUAAACAAGACUGCUGUUGAUGACCUUUGUCACCUAGCUAAAACCUCAUGUUUAUCACGACUGAUGCUUGAGGGCACCGGUAUAGGAACUGAUGGAGCACUUGGUUUGACUCACUUGUUAUUAAGUUCGAUUGAGGAGCCUUUGAAACUUGAUUUGUCUUUUUGUGGAGUAGCAUGUACAUACAUUUCUGAAUUUAACACUAAUGUAAUGUUCAUUAAUGGCAUUCUUGAGCUGAAUCUUCGAGGAAAUCCCAUUAUGCAAGAGGGUGGCAAUGCAUUAGCAUCACUGCUUAUGAACCCUCAAUGUUGUCUAAAAGUUCUGAACCUGAACAAGUGUCAACUGGGAAUGGCUGGGAUUCUUCAAAUAGUUCAUGCACUAGCAGAGAAUGAAUCUCUUGAGGAGCUCAAUCUUGCACAUUAUGCCGAUAUGGAUAAACAAUUGGUUAUAAAAUCUGACAAACCAACAAACAUGAGUUUGGAAUCCUUACAGCCGAACCACGCAGUUUCCAAUGGUGAAAUUGACACCAACUGCGAUAUGCUUGAAGUCGCUGAUAGUGAAGACGACGAGACAAGGGGAGAAACAGCUCCAUCUAGAUUCAAUGACUGCUGUGCAAGCUCAAUCCAAAGAAACUCAACUCUAGAGUGCAACCUCAUUCAAGAGCUUUCCGUUGCCAUCUGCAUGGCUAAACGGUUGCAGUUGUUAGAUCUUAGUGAUAAUGGGUUAUCAAUUCAAGAUUCAGAAGCUUUAUAUAAUGCUUGGUCUCGUUCAAGGGCUGGUUCAUCUUGGCGACACAUCGAGGAUCAGAUAGUCCAUUUUUCUGUGGAAGGAAACAAGUGUUGCAGACUCAAACCCUGCUGCAGAAAGGAUUGA